GCCACGGCCAUGUGAUCCAAGCCCUGCCCCUUUUUUAUGUGCGUCGAGACUUCAAUUACAUGGUUGCAGUUGUCAUCUUGACUUUUUUUUACUGUCUCCCCCUGGAUACCCGAUUCAGUGUAUUUUAGCUGCGAUUGUUCAUUCUUGAGUUCUAAAUUGAAAGCAAAAACUGCCCCCGAGAACUCCUACUCUGAAUGCAUAGUCUGGUAACACCCCAACUAGGCAGCUGGGCCAGGCUUUUUCCUGCUUGCUUCUAAAAUUUUGUUGCGUUUUCUCCUUGUUUGGUACUCAUGCCUGCAGGUUUCCCAGAAGAUCCUCAAGCGAUGGCUGCCACCCAGCCGACAGAGGGAACCAUCGUAGUGGGUGGGCAGACUCUGUUCUCCCGCCAGGCUAAGCCUGCCCAGCAGACUCCUCGCUUUUCUGUCCUGCUGCUACACGGCAUUCGUUUUUCAUCGGAGACUUGGCUCAACCUGCAGACUUUGUCUAUUUUGGCAGAAGCUGGAUAUCAUGCUGUAGCUAUUGAUCUGCCAGGAUUCGGCCAUUCCAAAGAUGCUACCGCUCCAGCUCCUGUUGGAGAGCCGGCACCAGGCAGUUUCCUGAAGUCCGUCUUGGAGGCCCUGAAAUUUGACCAAGCGGUGGUGAUCAGUCCAUCUCUCAGUGGGAUGUAUUCACUUCCAUUCCUUUUUCAACACAAUCACCUUCUCAAGGCCUACAUCCCAGUGGCUCCCAUCUGCACAGAGAAGUUCCCACCCACCCAAUAUGCCAGUGUCAAGACACCAACUCUCAUCGUAUAUGGGGACCAAGAUGUCCAACUGGGAGAAGUGAGCCUGAACAACUUGAAGAACUUACCUAAUCACAAGAUGAUGAUGAUGAAAGGGGCAGGCCAUGCCUGUUACCUUGACAAGCCAGAUGAGUGGCACCAGGGGCUGCUGGAUUUCCUGAAGAACAUACAGUAAAGAACAAAUCAGCCAGCAUUGGUCUAACUGACUGAUAAUCAAUGAGGACCUCACCACUUUUUCUAGGGUAUACUUCCAAGGUACUAGGAUCUCUUCCUGCAGUUCUGCCAGCAACCUGAGUAGGACCCAGGUUGUUUGUGGAGUGUCUAACCACGAUACACCUAAAAGUAUUAGGAAAAGUACAGUGCUGCAUCCAGAACACGUUCACUGAUUCAAGGUUCACUAAUUGCAUAAUUAAAAUGACCGGCUGCGAUUUUUUCUGUUUGGGCCAUGAGAUACUCUAUGUGAAGUCAAAUUUACAUAACAUAAUCAUUCAUAGAAAUCUAUUGGGAUCUGUUGCAUGGAUAUAUUGGGAGUUGGUCCUCAGUAUCAUGAGCUCUUCUGCUUUCCUGUCACUGACUCAUAAAUGAUUUUUUUUUCUCAAAGCUGAUUGAGUGCUGGCUGAGAUAGAUGGUAAGGCAAUGGCUGGGUUUAAAUAUCAUAUGAACGUAUUGUGGUUUGAUUGUUGUGACUUAGCACACAAUAGAAUCUAUAGGUUUUUCUAUAAGCUAACCUGCACUGACCUCUAUUAUGUCUUGGUCCUUGUUAUAUCUUUGUUAGUAGGACACUUUUGUUUUGAUGACUGAACAUAGCCUUCUCCAACUUGAUGGCCUGCAUGUCUGUUGAGUUUUAAUUUCCAUAAUUCUCAGCAAGCAUGGAAACUGUGCUAGUUAGGAUGUAUGUGAAUUGAUAUCCAUUACAUCUGGACAUCAAGUAGCAGGUUUGAGGAAAACUAGACUACAUUUUAUUCUGUUUUACCCACAUAUUUUUACAUAAGGAUUGGCUUCUUCUGGAUGGAAGAACUGCAUAUUCUGUUACAAGGAGCCCUAGAGAUUUUGUGAAGAGCAAUUAUACUGGGGCAGAACAUAUGCUGGCAACAUUCUCUAACUUUAAAGAAUGCUAUACAGUAUUGGGGGACAAAUUCUUAGCUUUCUCCUGUUUUUGAAAAAAAAAAUGACAAGGUAUGUAUGUUACAUGAUACCUCCCCUCUUGGAAGCCUGGCUUAAAGGUUUAAAAAACAGUUGGGCGGGCCACUGAAUCAGAGCUGUGUUUAACCAUAGCUACCAAACUAGCAUGAUUCCCUGGAUAGUACCUAUAUAGUCAAUUUAAAGAGAAACAACAUUGAUCACACUUUAUGAACAAGAGAGAGUAAGCGUUGCAUUUCUUGUUCCUUUGCUCUAGAAAUAUAAUCAAAGGGAAUGCAGACUUCUGAGAAUAAGGUUGCAGCAGGAAAGUUAAUAACAUUAGUUGUGCAGGUGCCUGGAUUUCUGGUGAGUUCCUGCUGUACCAGUUUGAUUAUCAAAAUGUAUUCAUUUGUAAUCAAAUAAAUCUGAUUUAUAUCUGUUUU